AUGAGCCAGGCCUACUCCUCCAGCCAGCGCGUGUCCUCCUACCGCCGCACCUUCGGCGGCGCCCCGGCCUUCUCGCUCGGCUCCCCGCUGGGCUCGCCCGUGUUCCCGCGCGCUGGCUUCGGCACCAAGGGCUCCUCGAGCUCGAUGACAUCCCGCGUGUACCAGAUGUCCCGCACGGCCGGCGGGGCGGGGGGCCUGGGCGGGCUGCGGGCCAGCCGGCUGGGGGCGGCCCGCGCGCCCUCCUCCUCCUACGGCGCGGGCGAGCUGCUGGACUUCUCGCUGGCCGACGCCGUGAACCAGGAGUUCCUGGCCACGCGCACCAACGAGAAGGUGGAGCUGCAGGAGCUCAACGACCGCUUCGCCAACUACAUCGAGAAGGUGCGCUUCCUGGAGCAGCAGAACGCUGCGCUCGCCGCCGAGGUGAACCGGCUCAAGGGCCGCGAGCCCACGCGGGUGGCCGAGAUCUACGAGGAGGAGCUGCGCGAGCUGCGGCGCCAGGUGGAGGUGCUCACUAACCAGCGCUCCCGCGUCGACCUGGAGCGCGACAACCUGCUGGACGACCUGCAGCGGCUCAAGGCCAAACUGCAAGAGGAAAUUCAACUGAAAGAAGAAGCAGAGAACAACUUGGCUGCCUUCCGAUCGGAUGUGGAUGCCGCCACUCUAGCUCGAAUUGACCUGGAGCGCAGGAUCGAAUCUCUCAACGAGGAAAUCGCAUUCCUUAAGAAAGUGCACGAAGAGGAGAUCCGAGAGCUACAGGCCCAGCUUCAAGAACAGCAGGUCCAUGUGGAGAUGGACAUGACCAAGCCGGACCUCACUGCUGCCCUCAGGGACAUCCGGGCCCAGUAUGAGACCAUUGCAGCUAAGAACAUCUCUGAAGCUGAGGAGUGGUACAAGUCAAAGGUGUCCGACCUGACCCAGGCGGCCAACAAGAACAAUGAUGCACUGCGCCAGGCCAAGCAGGAGAUGAUGGAAUACCGGCACCAGAUCCAGUCCUAUACCUGCGAGAUCGAUGCCCUCAAAGGCACUAAUGAUUCCCUGAUGAGGCAGAUGCGGGAGCUGGAGGAUCGCUUUGCUAGUGAGGCCAGCGGCUACCAGGACAACAUCGCUCGCUUAGAGGAAGAGAUCCGUCACCUCAAGGAUGAGAUGGCCCGCCAUCUCCGUGAAUACCAAGACCUGCUCAAUGUCAAGAUGGCCCUGGAUGUGGAGAUCGCCACCUACCGGAAGCUGCUGGAGGGCGAGGAGAGCCGGAUCAAUCUUCCUAUCCAGACCUUCUCUGCCCUCAACUUUCGAGAAACAAGCCCUGAACAAAGGGGUUCCGAAGUCCAUACCAAGAAGACAGUGAUGAUCAAGACCAUUGAGACCCGGGACGGGGAGGUCGUCAGCGAGGCCACACAGCAGCAGCACGAGGUGCUCUAA